AUGGAUUUGGCUUCCGGGUAUGGAGCCAAAAAUGAAAUCAGACCAAAGAAAUUGAAAUUCAAUGAGAUGGGUUUGAAUCACAAUGCCAUUUUGGUGAUUAGGCUUCCUGAUUGGGGAAUGUUGCGAGUGAUUUCUCGUUCUCUGUUUCUGUUCACUGUUAUUGUGGCAUUUCUGUGCAUUAGAUCUAUAAUGGUCAUGAAUGGCAAUUCAAUUGAAUUAAUUUCUUCCCAUGAAUCUGUUGUUGGGUCUGAUAUGAUGAUGGAUUCUGAAUUGAUGAUGAUGGGUUCUGAAUUGUUGCCUUCGAUUUUUCGAGAUUUGGCUGACGAAGGCCUUGUCAAAAGUGGCCAUGAGGCCCUCAUUUUGAGUUCUGGCAUUGGUGAUUUGAAUCAACACUCGCAGUUAUUGAAUGCCAUUGGGGUUGAUUUGGUCCUUGUAUCUGAUCUAGACCGCCAGAACUCGAUUGCAGAUGAGUCAUUUGAUUUGGUAAUCACAUCAACCUUUCAUAAAUUUAUCGAUCGAGUUCUCAAAAUUGGAGGCAUUGUAGUGAUGCAAUUGAGCGACGAUCCAUUGAAUGUUUUCGAAGAAAAAUUUAAGUAUAAGAUUGUGUAUAUUCGAAGAUUCAGUUCGACCAUGGUGGCAAUGAGGAAGAUGGGUUCCACGAAUGAUAACUCUGUCAACUUUCCGGUGAGGCGCCGGCUUUGUGGGGUCAUACCGGAGACGAAGAAAGCGGCAUUGGAGGGUUUAGAGGAUGUGUUGUUUGAGCCGCCACAGCCACGAGGACGAGCAUUGGCCAAAUCGAGUUAUGAGAAGAUCAAGUUCUUGCCCAACUUGUUGGGGGACUCACUCGAAGGUUACAGGCGUCGAAUCUUGAUUACGGACGAGAAUGGCGAGAACAAUGGUGUCGUUGAUUGGUUCUACGAGAAUUAUCCGAAGAAGGAUCAGUAUUUCGAGAUUUACAAUUUGAAGGUUGAUGUUUACAAUGCAGAGAUGUUGGAGGAAGGGAUUUUGAGCAUUGAUGAGCAGGCCGUGGUUGGCGGGAUUUCGGAUUGGAUGAGGAAGAAUGUGAGGGAGGAGGACUAUGUUGUGAUGAAGGCAGAGUCACAUGUGGUGGAGGAGAUGAUGAGGGAGAAGACAAUAUGUUUGGUGGAUGAGUUGUUCUUGGAAUGCAAGAAUCAGUGGGAAUGGGAAGAUGAUGGGGAGGGGAAUAAGAGGAAGAGGGCUUAUUGGGAGUGUUUGGCUUUGUAUGGAAGGUUGAGAGAUGAAGGGGUUGCUGUGCACCAAUGGUGGGGUUGA